AUGGCCCACAAUAGCGUCAACGAUACAAACAAUGUAACUUCAGCGCAUGGAUAUUCAAAUUCAAAAAAUAUUUUAUUUGUCAAAAACAGAAGCAGAUAUUACCACAACAAUAGCAAAAACCACAUGAACCACAGCAUCAACAACAACAGCCACAGCAACCACAGCAACAACAACCACAGCCACAUCAACCACAGCAACAACAACUACAGCAAUCACAGCAACAACAUUCACAGCAACCGCAGUCUCAGCAAUCACAGCAACAACAAUCACAGCAGCUACAACACCAACAACAGCGGCAACACCAAAUGCCAUCGUAUCAUUCCUCAGUUUAUGUGUCCAGUGACAAUGCAUGCAUUAAUGCGCCGACCACCUUGCUUCAAUAUAUUUCAAAUGCACGGUACAUCAAUGUACAUCAACAUAAACAAAAGCAGUAUAUAUGCCAUGCCAUGA